AUGAGAGCAUCUACAUUAUCAACUUGGGCACUGUGCCUCAUCGGCGCAAAUGCAGCACCUCAAGUCCAGCAACGGGGUGAUGGAGGAUUUGUAGACGGACAACCCAUCAGCCCAGAUGGGAAAGGAGCACCUUUUUUGGGCGGCACAAAUCACCAAUUGGACUUGCAAAAUCCCAGUAACCUAGGCCAGCAAUCCACUGACAACGGUGUCGUUCCAAAUCUCAAGUGGAGCUUCUCCGACUCUCGAACGCGCAUUCUCAAAGGCGGUUGGGUCCGAGAGCAAGUGAUCACUGAUCUACCCGCAAGUCACGACAUUGCUGCCGCUCAGCAGCAUCUGACGAAAGGGGCCAUCCGAGAGCUACACUGGCAUCGAGUAGCUGAAUGGGGUAUCGUCUAUGCCGGCCGCAUCACCUUGUCCGCGGUCAACGAGGAUGGCGAAUACGAAGUUUCGGAGCUCGGCUAUGGCGACAUUUGGUAUCUUCCAAAGGGUGUUGCCCAUACAGUCCAAGGGCUGGAGGAUGAGAACGAAUUUCUUCUAGUUUUUGACGAGGCAGAUUUUGACAAGAUUGGCACCACUUUCAACGUCGACGAUUGGAUCGCUCACACACCCCGCUCCGUUCUCGCAAAGAACUUUGGAGUCGAUGAAUCUGUCUUUGAUUCCAUUCCCCCGGCUGAUCCUUACAUCAUCAACGGGACGGUUAGCACACACAAUGUCACUGGGAAUGGCCACUCGUUGUCUGAGAAUAGCUCCUUCGUCUACCGCACGCUACAACAUCCCCCCGAGAAGAUUGGAGGGACUGGUGGUGAGUUCCGCAAGAUUGAUUCGACCAAUUUCCCAAUUAGCAAGACGAUUGCAGCGACGUUUGUGACGCUGAAGCCUGGUGCUUUGAGGGAAUUGCACUGGCACCCAAAUGCCGAGGAAUGGCUCUACUUCCACAAAGGCACCGCCCAAGCCACCGUCUUCAUCGGCAACGCCGCCGCCCGAACGUUCAACUUCCGCGCCGGCGACACGGCCGUCUUCCCCGACAACUCGGGGCACUACAUCGAAAACACGUCAAAGACGGAAGACCUCAUCUGGGUAGAGAUAUACAAGUCGGAUCGCGUGGCCGACAUUCCUCUCACGCAAUGGCUCGCGCUGACGCCGCCGGAUAUCGUUGCGCAGACGCUCAAGGUGCCGCUAGAGUUUGUGGAGAAGCUGAAGAAGGAAAAACAAGUUUUGAUUCAAUAA